AUGAUUGGUAUCAAAAGGAAUGAUUCCGACGGUGAUAAUAGUCGACUGGCAGAGAAAGGAUCCGAGAGCUGUUGUCAGCGUCGGGGGCAUAGCUCAGUAGCAAGAGCAUUCGACUGCAGAUCGAGAGUUCUCCGGUUGAAAUCCGGGUGCUUCCUUUUUUACGUAUGGCGAGUAGCAGAAAAAAUCAGAGAUCACCCUUCUUUAGGAAAUGUCUCGCCGCAGCAUGAGUAUCUGUUCAAUCGAGAUGAUCCUCAUGUGGCUGUUCGUUGUCCGAUUUAUAUCACCGGAAAUGAUUCUGGUGAUGAUGAUGGUCGUCUGGCGGACACACGAUGGAAGAGCUGUUGUUGCCGUCGGGGUUAUAGGUCAGUGGCAGGGUAUUCGACUGCAGAUCGAGAGGUCCCCGUUUCAUAUGCGGGUGCUCCCUUUCUUAUGUUUCGCGAGUAUCAGAAAGAAUCAGUGAUUAUUCCUCUCCAGCGAAACCUCUCGCUUCAGUAUAUGCGCCUGCUGAGCCGAGAUGAUACUCAUGCUUGUACCAAUGAAAAUGAUUCUGAUGAUGAUGAUGAUCGUUUCACGGAGAAAGCACGCAAGAGCUGUUGUCAACGUUGGAGGUAUAGCUCAGUGGCAGGGGAUUUGACUGGAAAUUGA